UUGAGCCGCGUCAGCCUCCGUAGCAGAGGCACUGCUCGGCCCACGUGACGCGUUCGCUGCUUGCAGUCUGACCGCACAGACGUCACUCGGUUCAAAAUGCUUCCUGACACUUUAACGUCGCGCUGUCUCCUGUUUUUGCCGUCGAUAAUCGCGGUGUGCGGCGCUGCCGCGUGCCCGUGCGAGGAACCCGAGCUCUGUCAACAGAUCCGCGCGCAGAGAGACUUUGAGGUUUUUGUGUUUGACGUGGGCGGAAAGACAUGGAAGUCGUACAACUGGAGCAUGGUGACGACUGUGGCGACAUUUGGAAAGUAUGACACUGAUCUCAUGUGUUAUGCGCACUCCAAAGGAGCACGGGUUGUACUGAAAGGCGACGUUCACCUCCCCUACAUUGUGGACCCAAAUAACAGGACGGCGUGGAUAACCGGAAAGGUAGACUUGGCCAAGAGUCAAUUUAUGGAUGGAAUCAACAUUGACAUCGAGCAAGCCGUGGAGGAGGGUUCCCCGGAGUACCAUGCUUUAACAGACCUGGUCAAAGAGACCACUGACGCCUUCCACAGCGCCAUCCCGGGCUCCCAGGUCUCAUUUGACGUUGCCUGGUCCCCAAACUGUAUCGACAAGCGCUGCUACGAUUACGUUCGCAUUGCUGAAUCCUGUGACCUGCUGUUUGUGAUGUCCUACGAUGAACAGAGCCAGAUCACGGGGGACUGUAUUGCAACGGCAAAUGCCCCACUCUCUCAAACAUUGAAUGGUUAUGACCAGUUUUUGAGUCUUAAUAUUGAUCCCAAGAAGCUGGUCAUGGGGGUGCCGUGGUAUGGCUAUGACUAUCCGUGCCUUAACUUUUCCCAGGACGGAGUGUGUUUCAUAAUCAAAGUUCCUUUCCGUGGAGCCCCCUGUAGUGAUGCAGCGGGACAACAGAAAACGUACAAGUGGAUAAUGAAGCAGGUGAACGACUCAUUUUCCGGCAGGCUCUGGGACGACAAGCAGCAAGCUCCUUACUUCAAUUACAAGGACCAGAAAGGACAGAUCCAUCAGGUUUGGUACGAUGAUCCACAGAGCAUCUGUCCCAAGGCGCAGUCUGUGAAAUCUAAAGGUUUGCGCGGCAUUGGCAUGUGGAAUGGCAACAUCUUGGACUACAGUGAUGAACUGGUUGCCAAGCAGCAGACUGCAGGGAUGUGGAAUGCGCUCCUGGGAAGCUAGCUGGGGUUCACUUGACACUUCUGCAGAAAUGUACAUCACCCCUCAUAUGUGUUGCUUAAUCAACACAUCCCUUUGUAGCAGUAAUAAGGUGCAGCUUCGCUCUUUUGUGGAUGAUAUUGCUGUUGUCGUUGAAUGUAUUCACGUCUCAGACAUUCCGCUGCUUAAACAGAAAUAACUGAUUCUGGAAAAAAUGAGAAAAACAAUCUCUUUAAUGUGAUUUGGACAGUAUUUGUUAUGACAAAUAUUGCGUUAACUGAGAUCUUUGCACUUUAAGGCUUUUCAUAAAUUAAACAUUUUCUGAUAUUCUGUUUUUCUAUUUGUUAUUAAAGUGAAAUAACCGUUUAAACAUUUUAGUUUUGGGCUCUUCCGUGAUCCGAGAUUAAGAAUACCUUUUUUAUAAAAGAAUGUGUUUUGCUGUAUUUGUCUUUAGUAAUAACUUAAAUAGUCUGAAUACAGAAGGUUAUGAACCUUGCUGUUGACAAUUGUUGAAUUUUCAUAAAUGAGACAAAUGGAGAUAUAAUGACUUGAUGAACCCAGGUUUCCUUUGAACAAUUUAAUAAAAAUAUCUUUAGCCACA